AAAGUGUUAUGCAAGAGAGAGGAAUGAAAACAGCUUGUCUGGUAUAAAACCCCAGCAGGAGAAGAGAAAAGUGUCAGAAAUAUGGCAGAAGAACCAGCAACAUUCAGGAUGUCUUCUGAUAAGGACAAGUUACCCCCUCGGCCAGAACUUUUUGAUUUCCACGGGGUCUCAAUGACCCACUACUUCACAGACAACUGGGAGAACAUUCAAAACUUUCAGGCCAGGCCGGAUGAUAUACUUAUUGCAACAUACCCCAAAGCAGGAACCACCUGGGUCUCCUACAUCCUUGACCUGCUGUAUUUUGGUCGGACAGAGCGCCAGACCUCCAUCCCAAUAUUUGAAAGAGUGCCUUUCUUGGAGAUCUUCGUCCCAAAUAUGCCGUCAGGAAAAGACCUGGCGGACAAGCUCCCCACCUCUCCUCGACUCAUUAAAACUCACUUUCCAGUCCAAUUUGUGCCAAAGUCCUUUUGGGAGCAAAACUGCAGGGUCAUCUACGUGGGCCGCAAUGCCAAAGACAACAUGGUGUCUUAUUUCCACUUUGAUCGCAUGAACAUGGUUCAGCCGGCGCCUGGAGACUGGAGCAACUACAUCCACAGAUUCAUGGAGGGAAAUAUGGCGUUUGGAUCCUGGUACGACCAUGUGAACGACUGGUGGAAGAAGAAACAGACUUAUCCGAAGAUCCAUUACAUGCUCUUUGAAGAUAUGGUCGAGGACACUAGACGGGAAAUAGACAAACUCUGCAGCUUUCUUGGUUUGUCUCAUUCGGACGAGGACAAGAAAAGAGUUACGACUGGAGUGCAUUUUGAUAACAUGAAAAAGGACGACAUGGCCAACUACUCUACCAUCGAAGUUAUGGAUUUCAAAAUUUCUCCCUUCAUGAGAAAAGGAAAGGUCGGUGACUGGAAGAACCAUUUUACUGUGGCCCAGAGUGAAAAGUUUGAUGAAGACUACAAGAAAAAGAUGACGGACCUCACUCUUCAGUUUCGCACUGAAAUUUGAUCAAGAAUGACUGUGUAUAUGUUCAGUUCUGACUGGAAUGGGGCAUUUCUCUGAGAAAAUCAAGUUGCCUUAAUGGUAUAUUAAAAGUCUGGAAUGUAUCUUCUUGUUAUUUAUGUCUGAAUUAAUGCUGAAAACUAUACAUUAUGAUCGGCUGGUCUCAUCCAGCAGUCGUAGCUGUACCAACAAAAAUAAUGCAGCGUAACUCGUACAUAUCCCACAAAAACAUUUUGUAUGUUAUUCACGUAAUCAUGUACAAGGAAGUAGAAAGGUAACAAAAG